CAGAGGGGUGUCCUCGUGUGGGUUCGCUUGACUGAGCGGUUCUAGGAUAUGAGGAUAUGAGGAUAUCGGGCGCGAGACCGCGAGGACGCAGCGCGCGCACCAUGGGCUGCUGGAGAGCGCCUCUCUCUUGGCCGGACCUGGCCGUCCUUGUCCUGUUUCAGCUCAGCGCGAUGACCACUGAAGCAGUGUCCAUACUUGCCAGCAGGGAUGUGGUGGAGGGCUGCCCACUCGGCCAGUUCCCCUGUGGAAAUAUGAGCGUAUGUCUGCCGCAGGUGCUCCAGUGUAACGGCCACAGAGACUGCAAGAAUGGUGCGGACGAGGAGCACUGUGGUGAUAACAGUGGGUGGGCUGACAUCUUUGACCGCACCAUUAUGAAGAAAUCUGAACCAGAGGACUUCACAGAUGCCUGCUCUCUUCAGAAUUAUCCAGAACGCUGCGACUGCACCAAGACAGAGGUGGAGUGUGUGGGGGUGAACCUACGUGCCGUGCCUGUUCUGUCUGCCAAUGUGACUUGGCUCUCCCUGAAGAGCAACGAGCUGAGAGAGCUUCCUGAUCAUGUCUUCUCCAAGUACGCUGACUUGCAGAGACUGUUUCUUCAGAACAACAGCAUCCACACAGUGUCCAGCCAUGCAUUCAGUGGCUUAUUCAAGUUGAGAAAACUGUUCCUCAGCCAAAACUACAUAACGUCCUUAAGGCAUGGCAUUUUCAGAGACCUCCACAAAUUACAGUGGCUAGUCCUGGAUCACAAUCCCCUGAGGAGCAUCUUUCAUGACACUUUCAUUGGCCUCAAGUCGCUAAUAUUUUUGUCCAUGGUCAACACGUCCGUGGUGCAGCUAUCUAAACUCAGCCUCUGUCACUACAUGCCUCUGCUCAGCUGGCUGGAUUUUGCAGAGAACCACAUUGAAGUGCUGAACUACUCCACACUGAUGACAUGCAAAGAGCUCACAGUGCUGUCGUUGCGUGACAAUAUAAUCAAGACGCCUCCAGAAAACACGUUUCAGGCACUCGGAUCACUGGCAGAGCUUGAUCUGUCUUGCAACAGGAUCGCGGAUCUCCCGAGCAACAUUUUCAAGAGUCUAAAAUCACUGCUGAAAUUAAAUAUAUCUCACAACCCUUUGCUUCACAUUCACGCUGGUCACUUUGAUCAUUUGGUUCAGCUCGAGUCUCUAGGACUAGAAGGCAUUGAGAUUCCAGAUAUCCAAACUAAGAUGUUCCUCCCAAUGGGCAGUCUGUCUCAUAUAUACUUUAAGGAUUUCCAGUACUGUUCCUAUGCUCCCCACGUCCGGAAAUGCAAGCCCAACACAGAUGGGAUCUCUUCUUUUGAGGACCUGCUGGCCAACAUGGUGCUAAGAGUGUCUGUGUGGGUCAUGGCCUUCAUCACCUGCUUCGGAAACCUCUUUGUGAUCGGGAUGCGGUCGUGUAUUCGAGCGGAGAACAACCUGCAUGCAGUUUGCAUCAAAGUCCUGUGCUGUGCAGACUGCCUGAUGGGGGUCUAUCUCUUCUUUCUGGGAGUGUUUGAUGUGAAGUUUCGUGGCGAGUACAACCGGAAUGCUCUGCAGUGGAUGGAGAGUGCGGAAUGCCGCACCAUUGGCUUUCUGGCCAUGCUCUCCUCUGAGGUGUCCGUGCUCCUGCUGGCAUACCUGACUCUCGAGAAGUUCCUGGUAAUCGUGUUCCCCUUCAGUCACCUGCGGCCAGGGAAGCUGCAGACGGGGCUGGUGCUGGCCUCCAUUUGGUUGCUGGGAUUCCUCAUAGCCGCUGUGCCGUUGCUAAGCGAUGAUCUGUUUGGCAACUACUAUGGCCGGAACGGAGUCUGCUUCCCACUGCACUCUGAUAGGCUGGAGAAGCCCACCGCUAAAGGAUACUCUACAGGAAUAUUCCUAGGACUGAACCUGGUGGCUUUUCUAGUCAUUGUCUUCUGCUACUCCAGUAUGUUCUACUCCAUCUACAAGACGGGCAUCAAUGCCACAGACCUGCGCAACCGCCUGCACAAAGACGUGGCUGUGGCCAAUCGCUUCUUCUUUAUCGUGUUCUCUGACGCCCUCUGCUGGAUUCCUAUCUUCCUGGUCAAAACGCUUUCCCUUCUGGAGGUGGAAAUACCAGGGACCAUAAACUCCUGGGUGGUGAUCUUCGUCUUGCCCAUCAACAGCGCCCUUAACCCCAUCCUCUACACGCUGACCACCAGCUUCUUCAGGGAGCAAGUGGAGCUGCUGCUGUGCCACUGGCAGCGUAGCUCGUCCUUGAUAAAAGACCGGAAGAGCCUCACCAGCACCACCAUCUACAUGGAGACUUCCAGGCACACCAUCUACCAUUCCAAGGUCUACCUGCCCCGGUUCUCUGUCCCACACCUGGACGCCAGGUACGGGUGAAGGGGCCAGAGCGGCCUUGUCAUUACUCCAUUACAUGCCAGAGGAAGUGGUGGGUGCAUUUUGGAACACAAUGGGAGAAGGUAGGGCUGAGCUACCUGGCCUGUGAAGCAGGUUCCUCUAUGUUCUCAUCACAGCGUGGCCCUAAAUUCUCCCUCACUCUCAGGAGGAUGAGCGCGGCGCUCUUCAAAUAACAGCCUCUGACCCUCACAGUCCUCAUUCACGCACAUACAUACCUGCUGGCCGACGUGAAAGAGGACGUGAGCUUUGCCAUAGGAGCUUGAAUGGAGCAGUAACACUUAAGGUGGUGGUGAGUUUGUACGACUGAAUUGAGAUUUAAGCACUUUGCCAAAAGUAGUGUUCUCAGCAAAAGCUUGACCACACUUUCUCUAAAACGAAUGAAUGACUGUCGCCUGGACAAUGGGAAAAUAUGACCGAUGUUGUAGUGAACGGGGUCUUACUGGCUGCCUCCUUCGCUACGGUCUACAUGCUGCAGGUCAAGACCAUGAAGAGGAACUUUCAAUACAGUAGCAAGAAGAUAAAUAAGGAAACAUAGACGCUCAUCAUGCAGGUCCUACUUUGUGUGAUGCUCAGUUGGUCACUUGAAAUCAUGGACGAACACUCUACAAGCUUAUUUGGUCUUGUGUACUUAAUUUUAUUAUUAUUAUUUUUUACUCAGAAGCAGAAACUUCAUAAAAUAUAUGUUCUUUUUGCUUUUUUUUACUCAUGCGUUAUUUAUGAGUUUGACUUGUUGAUAUUUUGAUACAUCUGACACUGUACAGGUCAUGAAUGUACAUCCCUUUGAAAGCUGUAUUCAUAACGCCGAGGACUGGCUUCAGCAUUAAGCUGUGCACGAACAUGGGCUGGUAUGUAUAUUUAAAAAAUACAGUGAAUCUUUGUUGUAUUUUGCUUGUCAAAUCGUUCACAUGGACAUCAGCUGCUGUACUGAAUGUGCGUAAGAACAUUCACGGAUGCUCCGUUUCUCAACAGAUUUUAUUUUGGAUAUAUACAAUCUGCCUAAUGUCUUAAAUGGCAAUGUAUUAUGCUGUCGUAUGAAAACAACAUGCUGUACUUUGC